AUGUUACUUAGUGUAGUUGUUGGUUCAACUUCUUUUGAAGAUAUUCGCACUAUAAAUGGAAUUACUUAUCAUUCUUUUAGAGAAGCAUAUAUUGCUUUAAACCUAUUACAAGAAGAUGAAGAACCUGAAACACUUUGGGAAAAGCAUAUUUAUUCACUCUGUGAUGAUAUACUCUUUCAAACCUGUUGUAAUACUAGAAAUAUGGCUCUUGAACUUAGAGAUACUGAUAUACAAAAUAGAGCUCUUCUUCAUUUACAAUCUAUCUUAAAUAAACAUGAAAGAUGUCUUGAGGAGUUUUUAUAUAUGUCUAUUCCAAUUGCUGAUACUAAUACUGAACAAGAUAACUAUCUAAUUAGAGAAGAGCAACAAUAUAAUAUUGAAGAACUUGCAGAAAUUAUUGAAAAAGAACUUCCCUGUUUAAAUGUAGAUCAACGAGCCAUAUUUGAUGAAGUUAUUGCAGCUAUAGAAACAAAAACACCUGCUGUUUUUUUUGUAGAUGGUCCAGGUGGAACUGGAAAAACAUUUCUUUACAAGUAA